UCACUAGAGAUCAAUCCAAAGUGAACAUAAUCACAAUGACAGGCCCUCAUCUCCUCCUCCUCCUCCUCCUCCUCCUCAUCCUCCGUUAUCCGCCAGUCACCCACAUGAGACCUCUCGGAGAUUACCGCGUGAGUGAAGUCAGACUCAAACCGGAGAGAUUAACCUGCCAAAACUAUCAGAAAAACAGGAAUUAGGAUAACACUGUGUUGGUAAUAUCGAGUUAAAGAUGGAAGUGUCUUAUGGAGAAUAAAAUAAACGGACAGAAAGACACACGUGCUUUCAUGAGGGUUUGUGUUGUGUGUAUUGUGUGUUAGGAUGCCAAUCCCGAAUCUUUCUGCGUAGGCUAAACGAAGCACUGUUCAGUCCUGUCAGCGAACACACACACACUGAAGAUCAAACAGAGCAUGGGAACCAACAGAGCAAACAGGUACAGCAUUGUGUCUCCUGAUGAGGAGAGACUGAAGAUCUCCUCCCUCGGCCUUCACAACGGCCACAGUACGAGCUGUCUGCACUCCCCCGCCAGUGCCAUGAGCGGUGAGGGGACAAGCAUGGUGUUGGGCACCAACUACAACGGGAAGAUCUCCACCUCUGGACGGGGACAACUGAGGAGUCGCUUCGUCAAGAAAAAUGGCCAAUGCAAUGUCGUCUUUUCCAACAUGGACGACAAGCCAUGGCGUUAUCUCGCGGACAUCUUUACGACCUGUGUGGACAUUCGCUGGAGGUACCUGUUGCUGAUCUUCUGCUCCACCUUUCUGGUGUCCUGGCUCAUCUUUGGCGUGAUCUUCUACUGCGUCUCGCUGGUUCAUGGAGACUUUGAUAAGGAUCGUAGAGUUCGAGUCCCCACUGGGCAACAGAAGGAGUGGAAACCGUGUUUACUGCACGUUGAGGGCUUCGUUGGGGCUUUUCUGUUCUCCAUUGAGACCCAGACGACCAUCGGCUACGGCUGGCGCUGCGUCACUGAAGAAUGUCCAGUAGCAAUCGUGACUGUGGUCGUGCAGUCCAUCGUAGGCUGCAUCAUUGACUCUUUCAUGAUUGGGACCAUCAUGGCCAAAAUGGUGCGUCCAAAAAAGAGGAAUCAGACGUUGCUUUUCUCAAAGAAUGCCGUAAUUGCGUUGAGGGACGGAAAACUGUGUUUGAUGUGGCGCGUAGGGAACCUGCGUCGUAGUCACAUUGUAGAAGCUCACGUUCGUGCUCAGCUCAUGCGACCCUACGUGACAGCAGAGGGCGAGUUCAUUCCUCUCGAGCAGACCGAUCUAAAUGUCGGCUAUGACGAGGGCACCGACAGACUCUUCCUCGUAUCUCCUCUGGUGAUAGUGCACGAGAUCGAUGAGGACUCUCCACUCUGGACAAUGAGCAGGGCAGAUCUCGAAUCGGACGACUUUGAGAUUGUCGUGAUUCUUGAAGGUAUGGUUGAAGCGACGGCCAUGACCACGCAGGCGCGCAGCUCGUAUCUUUCUCGUGAGAUCCUCUGGGGUCAUUGCUUUGAGCCUGUUAUCUUUGAAGGCAGCGACCGCUAUCAGGUCAACUAUGCACACUUCCACAAAACCUACGAAGUUUCGGCAACGCCCGCCUGCAGUGCUAAAGAACUGAGGGAACUGGCUGGUCGUCGGUCAACUGCCUCAUCACGUUCUGUGACACCCGUCAGUCGGCGGACUCAAACCCUGCUACCACCUCACUCCCCCAGCUCUUUCUGCUACGAGAACGAGGUGGCUCUGUACAGUGGAGAGGAAGACGAGGAUCAGCUCCAGGAAGGGCUGACCGGCCUUCCCACAGACUUCCAGAAAAUGUUCCAGGAUUCGGCCACAAUGACCUCCGGCAAUAACAUGCUUUGCAUGUUGGACAUAGACAAUCAGAUUGAGUUUGAAAUUUUACACACUGCCAUACCACUUGACCCGACAACCUAUAAGAGUGAGUCUGAGAUAUGAUGGGAU